UGGUCACACGGUUCAGAUUGUUUGCACAGACAGUUUCAUUUCCUUUUAAAUAAUAAAAAACAAAAAGAACAAAACCGUAACACAACAAUUAUUCAAUACGAAAUAUAUAUAAAUAAGAGAACUUUUAUGUAUGAAAAGUGGUAAUCAUUUUCACUCGUUAACAUUUUACGUGUUGUUCAUCACAGAAUAUUAAAGAAAUAUGUAUUCCUUCUCAGUCGGGCACGUCAUUCGAAAAGCAAAUCUUCACGUACUUACUAUCCUAGUGCUGUUAUUGCAGAUGUACUUGGUGGGUAGCGUGAGUUCCAGAGAAUAUUAUGGGAUUCGUAUUAAUCCUUCUGUAACUGGCAUUCCAGAAGAAGACAAAUUGAAUAAGAUGUCAAACAUCCGAUCACGUAUUGAGUGCUUUUCUUUCUGUAUGACAAAUUCCAAAUGUGGUAUGAUUAUUUACAGCGGUUCCGAGAGAGUAUGUAUCCUACGUAAAAUCAAGCAACUACCUGGUGCCCCAUCAUUCAUCGACAUUCCUCCAAACAGUAUUUACACCAUGCUUCAAGCCCCUGAAUGUCCAACGUCAGACAGCUACACUUAUCAACCAGAAUUUAGAUUAUGUUAUCAAAUAAAUUCAAAUAAAAUGUCAUGGAAUAACGCUGCAGACGAUUGCAAUGAGAAACGAGGACAACUUAUUCACAUUAGAAAUUUAGAAGUAAUGCUCUAUCUACAAGAAAAAUUGAAACAGUGGCCAGACGUGAGCUUUCAUUUUGGAUUAUGUAGAGAUAUUGAUAAGUACCUCUUGGUAUGGCAGAAUGGAGAAGCACUUACGUUUGGAUUCUGGCAGAAGAAUAGACCUGACAAUUAUGGAGGCGAUCAGCACUGUGGAGUUUUAACUCAUUAUAGUAAUCACAGAUGGAAUGAUAUAAAGUGUGACGACGAAUGGGGAUAUAUAUGCGAGAUAGUCGUGAGAUAA